ACUUCUUUUCUAGUUGACAGCCAUCCUCAGUAAUCGGAGGCUCGUGCGGCCAUAUUUUCCGUAAAUCCCAAACAGCCCUAACCACGCCAUUGUGAUAAAAAUCAAUAUUUUCAAUUCGAAGUGUGAUACGGGUGACUCAGCAAAGAUUGCCGAAUUUCAGACCGAAUAUAACGUAAUGGACUCCAUGUACACCAACAACCUCGACCCUUGGGAACCAGGAUAUGGUCCGGAUCGUCGAUCAGGUCACGGAUCUGACUAUGGAGACUACAGAUCAGACUAUGGGGACCACAGAUCGUCGGACUACGGUGGGGGAGAACACAGAGAAAGGGAUCAUCGCAGUCCCGAAUACAGAACUCACCGAGGAAGGGACAGGGACAGAGACAGGGAUCGUUCACGUGAGAGGAGAGACAGGAGUCGAGAGGAUCGGGACAGGAACCACAGGGACAGAGAUGAUCGUUACGGAAGGCAGAGGGACAGCAGAGAUUCCGCCGACAGAGACAGAGAGCGGGAUCGAUCCAGAGAACGAGAUCGAGACAGAGAUCGAGAGAGAGAAAGGUCUCGCAGAGAUCGAGACAGAGAUAGAGGAGAUAGGGACAGGGACAGAGACAGAGGCGACAGAGACAGGAGAGGCAAAAGGGGAGACGAGAGAGACAGGGACAGGGACAGGGAUGAUGACCAUAGUCGGGAGAGCAUGGACUUUGAUCAUGACCAUGGUCGUGGGUAUGGCUCGUCGAUGGAAGGCAUUCACUACAAGUCACAGUCCCCCAAUAACACCAUCAUGAUCAGGGGGUUGGCACAACACAUUACUGAAAACGAUGUGCGCCAGGACAUUCUCAACUGCGGUCUCAUGCCCAAGGACAUCAGGCUGAUCAGGAAAAAGGAUACAGGUGCUUCACGAGGUUUUGCAUUCGUCGAGUUUAACGCGACUCAGGAGGCCUCGCGAUGGAUGGAGAUGAAACAGGGCGUUCUAAUGCUGCAGGACCAGUACCGUGCAGUCAUGCAGUACAGCAUACCGAAAGAUUUUCACGUGGACAAACCCCUUGCAAAAAACACGCAGGAUUGGCAUUGUGUUAAGUGCGGAGCACACAACUUUAAAAGACGUGAAACUUGCUUCAAGUGUUGUGCAUCCCGUGCCGAGAGUGAGGAAGGUGGGGAGGGUAGCGACGAGAUUAGUCCGCACCCAACAAACACGGUCCUUCUUCGUGGUUUAGACGUCCUGACUACUGAGGAUUCAGUAUUACAAGCAAUGAAAAACCUCUCCUCCCUACCAAUCAGAAGUAUUAGAAUUGGUAGAGAUACUCUGACCAACACAUCACGUGGUGUUUGUUAUUUAGAAAUGGCUAAUGUCGUCGAUGCCAUGUAUCUACACACGGCAUUGAGCAAGCAAGGCUUGAUGGUAGAUGGUAGGAAAGUCGAAAUCACGUACUGCAAACUGCACCAGGUGAACAGCACUAGUGCUUGGAAGUCGAGUGAAGCUCAGCCACAAAGGUAUACUUUGGAUGAUGUGUCACAAUUGGCAGAAUACAGUGCCAAUAUGUACGCGAAAACUCCGGCGCAAAAAGCGCACUAUGUACAGUAUUACACUCAGUACUACCAGAACCAGAUAAUGCAGGGAUCGGCGAUAACUUUGCCGUCGUUGAAUCAGACUGACAGAGUUAAUGCGGCGGCGGCCGUGGCGCAGUCGGCGAUCCAGCAACUUCAGGCGUCGAGGAAACUGGGUGAUGCUGAAGAGAUGAAAGCCAGACCAACCCCAACUGCCCCUAGCAGUACGUCCUUAGCUAGCGGUAGAGUUCCUGCUCAUGCUAACGAUGGCAAAGUCUAUUCUGUGCCGGAUGUCAGUACCUAUCACUAUGACGAAUCUUCGGGCUAUUAUUACGAUCCGAGCACGGGAUUGUACUACGAUCCAAACUCUCAGUACUACUACAACAGUCACACACAGCAGUUUCUUUACUGGGACGCAGAGUCUUUGUCGUAUCAACCGGCAAAGGUAGCUGUUGGUACGUCUGGAAUCGUGGGAGCCGGUGUGGCUCUGGGCGCCGAAACCGGAACUAUGCCAGUUAUUCAAGAAUCCAUGAGCACCAAUGUGGGCCAAGAGUCAAAGGAGGACGAUCUGAACAAGAAGAAGGACAACAAACAAGAUAAAGUCAAGGUGGCUAAAAAAAUAGCCAAGGAUAUGGAGCGGUGGGCAAAGACUUUGAACCAAAAGAAGGAAAACGCGAAGUCGAGCUGGAGCGCGGAAUAUGCGGGUAGCGAAGGUCACCAGGGAGCCUUCAGCGGUGCAGCGGAUGCGGGCUAUGCUAUCCUCGAGAAGAGGAAUCACCUGGCACCUGCUUACCAGGAGGAAGAGGACCCUAGUGGAAGCAACGGCCUUGUCGCCGCCUACGGUGGCGGCAGCGACACCGAGGAAGAGAUCGAAGACGUGCAGCAAGAAGAGAGGCAGCACACCGAUUGGAGCAAGCUCGCCUGUCUCCUUUGCAAAAGACAAUUUCCCAGCAAGGAAGGACUCCUGCGACACCAGCAGCUGUCGGAUUUACACAAACAGAAUCUGGAGAAUUGGUAUCACGUUCGUGGACUUGAUCCCAAUGACCCGCAACAGAGAAACAGUAAGUACAGGGAUCGCGCAAAAGAAAGGAGGGCGAAGUACGGGGAGCCUGAACCACCGCAGCCUAACAGGCUCAAGGAGAAGUACCUCAAGACAAGGGUUGACGAAGUCUCGGUGAACUACGAGGAACCAACCAGGGCUGGAAUCGGCUCCGACAAUGUUGGUAAUAAACUGCUGCAAAAAAUGGGAUGGAGCGAGGGUAUGGGAUUGGGAAAAUCUAACCAAGGUAGAACAAGCAUCAUCGAAGCUGAAAGACGAGUUCCCACGGCUGGCCUAGGUGCCAAGGCUGCAGCGUAUAACGCGUUGCCUGGUGACACGUAUAAAGAUUGUGUGAAAAAAAUGAUGUACGCUAGGUAUCAGGAACUCUCAGAUACGUAAUAUGUGCCGAAAAUAACGCGAAAUAUUUUUCUUUUUUUUUAUAUGCAAUUAUAUAAUAUAUGUUAUACAUACAUGUUUAUGCAUACAUUGGUAAUCGAUCAUGUAUGUAAAUUGUGUAUAUAAUAUCGAUACGUGCGACGGAAGACAUUAUACUUACACACAAAGCAAGACAAUAGCAGUGUUAGAUCGCAUUCGAAUGCACCUAGCGGUGUAUCUGGUACCGAUAGAUGUAUCGCGGAGAAUUCUAUUUUUUUUUUUUUUUUCUUUCUUUUUUUUCUAUCUUUUACAUCAUGCCACAGCCCAGUCAGUCCCCGCUCACUGCUUCUCCCCAGUAAAUGUAAUACAACAGUUCAUCCGUUAGAAUGAGAGUUGAUUCUGCCUUUUUAUUUGUAAUUUUUUUAAUUUUUUUUUUUUUAUAAGUUAUUUUUCGCCUCUUUGUUUACUACGUACAUCUAGAGGCAUAAUCAAUUGUUGUAGUUACAAGAAGAGAACUCCGACUAAUUAUUAUGCAAUCAUAGUCAUGAUUAUAUAUAAUUUUUUUUAGAAUCCCGUGUAUUUUAAUAACAAGAAUGUUUAAAAGUUACCAUAA